AUUCUCCCAGGACUUUCCUACGCCGGCCGUGCGGACAGUUACCGGACGAGCGCCUGGUCCUUAGGAGAGAAAUACAUCGCAGAACACAACGGCUGGUUCCUGGAGCAACAGACGCAGUUUUUGCUGGGAAGGGAGAACUUUAAUAACUUCCUGAAGUUCAUGGGGCACCUGUCCCAUCAGUGUGACCGGCUGCUCGGGGACACGGAGAUGAUGACUUUCCUCCAGAGGGAGCGCUACGACAUCGCCAUCCUGGAUGCAUUCAACCCCUGCUCCUUCAUCCUGGCACGCAAACUCGGUAUCCACUCCGUGGCGUUCUACCCCGGCGCUCUGAACGGUCCUCUCCCCAGCCCCGUCGCCUCCAUCCCAGUCUUCAGCUCCCGGCUGACCGCCCGAAUGAACCUUUUGGCUCGGGCAAAGAACCUCUUUUAUUCUCUCUUGGCUCUCAUAGGCCAGGAACGUGUAUGGUCGACUUUUAUGGAAGUGGCCGAGCGCCACCUGGAGUCGGGCCCCCCCCCCCCUGGGGGUCUGGAGGAGCUGCAUCAAGGAGCUGAGCUGUGGGCCUUCAACACCGACUUCUCCCUGGAGUUCCCCCAGCCCCUCCCGCCCGACGCCGUGCUGGUGGGGGGUGUCCUCAACAAACCGGCCACGCCCCUGGACCAGGAUCUUGAGUUGUGGAUCUCCAAUUUCGGAGAGGCGGGUUUCGUUGUCGUGACUCUGGGAUCGAUGGUCUCGUCGGUCUCUGUGGACUCUCUGCUCGUGGAGCUGGUGGCUGGUUUCUCUAGGAUCCCUCAGGGGGUGCUCUGGAGGUACGACCAAGAGCGAUGGCCGUCUCACCUGGAGAAACCUCCCAAUCUGAGGCCCGUGGACUGGUUGCCUCUCAAUGACCUGCUGGGUAGGAGCAGUCCGCCUCUCUUGUGCUGCACAAACACAAAAGGCGGGUUACGGUCAACGGGAGACGGUCAAACGGCCAUUCCAGAUGUUCCAAGCAUCGUGAAGGAAGUCCGAAAUGAAGUCACCGCUGCGCUGCAUCUCCUCUCUCGUCCUCUUCACAUAUAAAUAGACACCACAAGACUCAAGUGUAUUUAUCAUUUCCUCUGGAAACCUUCAGACGGACAUCUCAGUUCUGUGUUACCCGUUUGUCCUCGACUCACUUUCAGGACCGAGAGGAGACGUUUCUCGCGACCUUGAAAUAGUGCCGAUGUUUAAUGAAUAAGACAUGCUUGAUGUAACUGUUAAUACAGCUCACCUUUAAAUAAAUAUAGUAAAUGGC